AUGUUUGCGAAGAGCAUCGGAGUGAACGACCGCUAUGUCUGCGGGCCGCAACUGGUCCGGGCACUUGGACCGCGGGUUCGGAACACCGUAGAGAGCUGCCCCUCGAUCGACGACGUGGACGAGGUGGACGAAUACGGAAAGCUAGUCGGCUGGGAGACGGUGUUCAACUAUGUGCUCGAGAAGUUGGACUACACCAGCCUCAACGACACGGGUCUGUUGGCCGAGGAAUUCUUCCUGAAGCUAGGCCGCAACUCGGGGGAGACCUUUCAAGAUUGGGCGGCCCGGUUCGAGAAGAAGGAGAGAGAGCUGUUGUCCCAGCUGCAGGCCAUUGACCCAGACGUGAAAGAAGUGAUAGCGAAACCUCUUCGCACAUGGUGGUUCCUGCGGAAGUCAAGGCUCACCCCCGUGCUCAAGGGCGAGGUGACAGCGACCGCGGGAGGGGACUUCAACUAUGCGAAGACCUACAAGACGUUGCUCACGCGCUUCCCAGCGGAGGCUCUGGCGGAGCUGGACGGCAAGGUCAAGCGCGAGCGGGCGUUGUUUGAGAACGACAUUGAGGCAGACGAGGACGAGACUGGUGGGGAAGCGGAGGAGAUCUACGAGCUGGCCGAGCAGCUCCUCAACCUCGCGGACGAGGAGGAGGAGGUGGAGCCCGACGACUUGGAUGCGGACAACGAGGUGUUCGCGCAGUAUCGCCAAGCGGGUGCGCGAGAUCUGUCCAAGAUGAAGUGCAUCGUGUGCAAGCAGUUCGGACAUCGGGCUCGUGACUGUCCCGACCGUGGCAAGGUCGGGAGCGGCGCCACUGGAGGCGCGACGAACACGCACAACGGCUUCAUCCUGUCGGCCUUGGACGAGUACGUCUACCUGCUCGAGCGCGAGGGGAUCUGGGCCGUGCUGGACAUUGGAGCCACGCGCAGCCUCGGUGGCGUCGAGAGCGUAGAGAACCUCAUGUACGAGAUGCUGGUGAACCAUGACGUGGAGUUCGAGGCGCACGGCGACACCUGCUCCUUCACUUUCGGCGACGGGCUCCAGAAGAGCUCGAUGGGGACGGUCUCUGGACGUGCAUACUUGGGACCGGAGCUCCGAGACAUUAGCCUCUCGGUGAUGGCGAACCGCGUCCACAUUCUCCUGGGCAUGGACAUCCUGACAGACGACUUGAAGGUAGUGGUCGACUGCGGCCGCAACUGGAUUGGGUUGCCAACGCUGGGCAACAAGGUCUACUACUGCGAGAGGCUCUCGAGCAAGCACCUGGCGAUCAACCUUUCGACGCCGCAGUGGUGGCGCGAGGUCUCUCUACCCUUGUCCCUGGAGAACUGCCACGUCAACAUGGCAGGGCGGGACUCCAUCGUGCUGGACGAAAAGCCCGAGGAGCCCGUGACGGGCUGCGCUGGCUGCCUCGCCGUGCGCCAGGGACAGCACCCCCUGGUGAUGUCGGCGAGCGAGAGCCUCGAGGACCCCAAGAGGGUCCACAUCUCCUGGAGAGACCUCGAGCCAGCCCCCCUCGAGCCGACCGAGAGCGACGCGAUGUGCUACCGAGAGAAGACCCACGACGUCUCAAAGUUCGAGCAGCCCGAGACCGAUGACAACCAGGGGUUCGAGUGGGACAAGGUGGGGGAGCUCUUGGACAUUCUCGGGGACUUCGGAGCAGCCGCCGUCAGCACGACCAGAGUGGGCGCGUCCGAGGACUCGAGCAUAAUCCACGCCUGCCACGCCGACGUCAGCUCCGUCGACAGCGGGCUCAGCGUCAGCAACACCACCGCUGCAGAUGCCGAUCAACAGUCCUCUGGGACCAGUGCAGUACCAGCCACCAGGACGAUGCCAGUGCUGCGGAGCGGUGGGACGGACUCGGAGAGGGCGCCCAACCGCGCGAUCACGGGAUGCAGCUGCCGCGGAGGCAAGAGUCACCGAUGCCUACGCCUGCAUCCGGACGGAUCGACCUCGGAGAAGGAAACCCUCGGCGAAGCGCUGGGGGACAUCCGAAGUCGGGCCGUGGCGAUGCGGUGGAGGCGCCUGGCGUCGAAGCUGGCAAAGUGCGACCCCGCGGGGCCCUGGGUGUUCCUGCCAGUGCCGGACGACAGCAUGCUGGACGAUUCGGACGUGACGGCGCAGACCAAGGUGAUGGACCAGAUCUACUUCGAGGUCGGCGAGGACACCGUCAACCUGACCAAGACCAAGCGCGCGGAUCUCAUGGAGGUGUGCUGCCCGAGCGAGUCAUCGCUCGGCAAGGCGGUGGAGGCGCAGCAUGGCCAGGUGAUACGGUGCGGGCUCUUCAACGGCUACGACAUGGGCACGGCCACAGACUGUCCCUUCCAGAACCUGAACCAGAGGACGGAGGCCCAGAGAAGGCAGCUCUCGGACAAGACACGACAGGCGCGCAGGAUCCAACGGGGGUGCCUGGCCCUGUACGAGGAGGCGAAGAAGAUCGUGGACUGCCACAUUGAGUUAGAGCAGCCCUGGAAUAGUCGCAGCUGGUCGAGGUCACCCUCCAUUAAGAAGAUGCGGUCAGAGAUGUACGAGACGAUCAUCCAUGGGUGUGCCUAUGGGCUUCGCGACGAGAGGUCAGGACUCUUGGUGAAGAAGGCAUGGCGAGUAUGCUCUACCGACCCCGACUUUGGAGCGAAGGUGGGCCGGCUCUGCAGCAACCGAACGGGACGAGGAGAUAAUCACCUACAUCGGGCCAUCGAGGACGGACAUCUGGUGGCUCAGACAGCCUACUAUCCUCCGGCCAUGUGCCGAGCCUCGGCCAAGCACAUCCUUAAGAAGAACGUAACCUCCCAGUACGGCAAGGAGAUCUAUGCGGGCCUGGAACAGAUUCCAGGAGAGGACGACGUCGAGACGUCGGGCGAGUUGGGGGAGCUGAACACGGAGGAGGACAUCGAGAUGGAGACCGCCGAGGCUUCCCUCAAAGGCCUGGGCGACAAGACGGAGCUGUCGAAGAAGGAGGUCUCAGAGAUCGAACAGAGACUCGCGCGACUUCAUCGCAAUCUGGGACAUCCCAGUAACAAGACACUCUACAAGAUUCUCAAGGCCUCUGGUGCAGCGGUCCCUGUACUCCAACUGGCACUUCAAUUUCAAUGCCAUGGCUGCCAUAUUGGGAAGCUCCCCGAAGCUGUGCGAGUAGCCUCAGGCAUGGAGAUUCCGGGCGUGCUCGAAGUCCUCGCCGCGGACGGACUGGAGUGGCUCUCACCCCAGCAGGCCUCCCACAUCAUGACCCUGAACCUCGACGAGGGGUCCGGCCUCACCAGCGUCACCUACCACGGGCAGAAGGGCGAACGCAGCGGCAACCGGUCAGCCAUCGAGGUGAUUUCUACGUGGGAAUCGUGGUGCAGCCACUACCGUCAACCUGCCCUUCUUCGCAUGGACCCAGAAGGGUGCCACUGCUCUCAGAUAGUCGCGAAGUGGGCAUCCGACCAUGGGAUCGAGAUAUGGAUCGCACCUGGGGAGGCGCACUGGCUCAUGGGCAAGGUGGAACGUCGCAUACCGCUCUUCAAGCGACUCAUGACGAAGAUGGCCACCCACGACCCCGAGUGCAGCACGCAGGAGCUGGUCACCUGGGCCGUGAAUGCGAUCAACUCCAUGGACAAGGUGGGAAAUCACUCCCCAUUCGAGCACGUGCUGGGCGUCACAGGGAUGGCCCCCACGAAUAACCCCUUCGCCAUCAUCGACGGGGACACCGGCGAGACACAGGAGCAGAGGCGACUUCUGGCCCGCCAGAGCUACCUCGAGUGCGAGUAUGCAGAACGGCGACGCCAUGCCGAGCAAGCCAGGAACCGGAUCUAUCAGACCUGGGAGGCCGGCGACCUCGUGUACUUCUGGCGUGACGGCAAAGGGCGAGAGAACCGACCAGGCAAGAAAGGAGGGUGGUACGGACCUGCACGAGUGCUCGUUCAGGAAAAACGGCAUAUCGACGGACGCACUCGGGUGACCUCGGUCGUCUGGAUCGCUCACGGGAACACGUUGAUCAGGUGCGCGCCCGAGCAUCUACGACCAGCCUCCGAGACGGAGAAGAUGCUGACCGAACUCAAGAAGCAGGCCUCCCUCGGUAAGACCAUGACAGAGAUCCUGGAGACCGCCAAGGCUGGGACGUUCGAGGACCUGGUGGAGCAGCGCCGCCCGGACCUCACAGCAUACGAGCCCCCGAGGACCACCGAGGCAUUUCAACCAGGUCUAUGGCUCAACCAGAAGCAGGACCAGGCGAACCCUCCGAAGACGCUCAGGACCAGGAGAUGGCACCACCCGCAGGAGCAGAGAUACCUCAGCAGCCUCCGCCAGUGGACCUACCUCCAGCUGAAGCACCAACCCCUGAGGCCGCCGGAGAAGCGUCGGAAAGACAACAACGACAUGGACGAGAGCGAGCUCUGGGCGGACCUCCAGAAGGACGACCGGGUCAUUCCCCUGGGAAUAGACGAACACCAGACAGCAUAUUUCGAGCACAUCAAGAGCGAGGGGGCCGACAGGAGCGUCGACAAUCGCAUGAUGCAGGCAGUCCUCAACAGCUUCGUCGCCAACCAGCGCCGGAAGGACAAGCUUGAGCUCUCAUGGUCCAAGAUGAACGUAUCCGAGAGGGCCGAGUUCGAAGUGGCCAUCUCUAAGGAAACGGACAACUGGCUUCAGCAUCGUGGACUCCGACCAGUACCCGCGUCUGAGGUCAAGGACAGUGCCGACAUCAUCCGGGCGCGGUGGCUCUUCACGAGGAAGGCAGACGGCAGGGCCCAGGCGCGGCUCGUGCUCCUCGGCUACCAAACGAAGGACCUCGGGAAGGAGCCUACGGCCAGCCCAACUGCAUCUAGACGGGCUCGCAACGUGAUGCUCACGAUCGCGGCUGCACACGACUGGAAGUUGAUCAAGGGUGACGUCACCUCGGCGUUCCUGCAGGCUAACGAGUUGGACAAGGACUUGUUCAUUGAACCCGACGCCGUGCUGAAGAAGGCCUUCAAGGUGAACGAGGGUGAGCUACUACGCGUUGUCAAGCCUGGGUACGGCAUCGGGGAGGCCCCGCGUCACUGGUGGGAAAAGGUGAAGGUCGAUUUCAAGAAGCUCGGACUACAGCCCUGCGAGCUGGAGCCGUGCAUGUGGCAGGUGCGGCGCCCACAGACCAGACGCCUCAUCGGUAUGGUCAUGGCACACGUCGAUGACUUCAUUCUGGCAGGUGACACCGCUCACCCCAAGUGGACCAACAUCGUGUCUCAGAUCCGGCAGCUCUACAAGUGGGGCACCUGGGAGGACAUGAAUGACGGUAUCACCAGCCUGGAACAGUGUGGGGUCACCAUUGAGGAGAACGAGAAGGGGUUCUUCCUGCACCAGCGCGCCUACGCCGACAAGAUCACCGAAGUACGGCCACCUGACGGAGGACGGCACCGACCGACGGACAACCUGCGCGACAAGGACCAGACCGUGCUGCGUGCGUUCUGCGGAGAGGUCUACUGGCUGGGCGUCAACACCAUGCCCUUCCUGCUCGCGUGGGUCGCAGAGCUCCAGUCGAAGAUUCCUGAGGGCACCCACAGCCUGUUCAACGCCGCCAGCAACAUCGCUAAGCUGAUCAAACAGAACCAACACAUGGGACUUCAGAUCCACCGCCAUGACUUGGAAGACCUGGCCGUCUUCACGCGGUGCGACGCAGCCUGGGCUAGCCGGCCAGAUGGUCAUUCACAAGGUGGCUACCUCACCGCCAUCGCGGCCACGAAGGCCAUGGACGGCGAGAAGUCGCAGUUCACCGUGCUAGACUGGGGCACUAAGAAACUCCGACGCGUGGCUCGCCCAAGCCUGGCAGCAGAAGUUCAGGGAGCUGGAGACGCUGAAGGCGAACAAUGCAUGGUGCGGAUGGUGCUGGCCGAGAUACUGCUGGACAAGUCUCCCAUCCAGGAGAAGAUGACGUUGCUCCAUCAUUUGCCGGCGGUGCUGGUCACGGACUGCAAGGGCAACUGGCAAGCCUUCGGCGUUCUCAAGCUGUUCCUGGAGAAGCAGGAAUGGAGGCUCAUCUACGACGAGAAUUUCAUGAGUGCACGAAAACGGGCCGCCCUGGGCAAGGGCAUCUUCGAUACCACGAAGCCCGAGGACGCUGCAGCCGCCAAGCAAGUCUUCGAGGAGCGCCGGAAAUCCAGGCAGCAGCAGGAGCUCCCGAGGGAGAUCCAGACGGAGGACAGCAAUGUGGAGCCGAGCAGCUCUCGGCAGGGUCGUGAUGACCCCGUGAACACGGCAGCUUCUUUUCCGCCUGUCUGA